GAAGCUAACAGUCAUAGUAGACUACGUCUUUGUAUAUGCUGUACCUACUACAUAUAUCAAUAUGAAAAGAAUGAUUAUAUUCAAUUGAGAGAUUAUAUUCAUUAAUAUCUUGUAUAAUAAUUUGUAAAGACGGUUAACUUAACAAUAUUUUCAAGUGUUGUUUAAUUUCCAACACGCAAGUGAGAGUUAAUAAAACUAACAACUAAUAAAAUAAAUAGUUAAAAAUAUUUUUUAAAGUGUAAAAAAAUUUUGUGUAACAAUUACAAGAAAAGAAGUGUUUUUUUUUUGUGUUGUUUUUAAUUACCAGCAAAAAUGGUUAAAGAUAAUCGACAACGGGCGGUUUUAGUACAUUUACCCCCAAAUCCACCCUUGGAUAUUGAAUUUAAGGAUGUUACUUAUACAGUCAGUUUAGGAUUUGGAAAAGGAAAAAAACGAAUAUUAAAUGGCGUAUCAGGAAAAUUUAAAGCAAAUGAAUUAACAGCAAUAAUGGGUCCUUCUGGAGCUGGAAAAUCAUCAUUGUUAAAUAUUUUAACUGGCUUUCAAACUGUGGGAAUGGGUGGAAAAAUCAGUGUAAACAACUGUCGUUUAAAUGGUUUAAGUGCAAAAGAAUAUCGUAAAGAAUCCUGUUAUAUAUUACAAGAUGAUCAAUUAACACCAUUUUUUACAGUAUGUGAAAGUAUGCGAAUUGCAUCUGAUUUAAAACUAGGCACAAGUAUAUCCGAAACUGCAAAGAAUUUAAUUAUUGAUGAUAUUUUAGAAACACUUGGUUUAACAAAAUGUCGAAAUACAAGAUGUGAUCGACUAUCUGGCGGACAGAAAAAAAGACUUUCAAUCGCAUUAGAAUUAAUUGACAACCCACCAAUUAUGUUUUUAGAUGAACCCACAACCGGUUUAGACAGUUCAUCAUCAUUACAAUGUAUAAAUAUGUUAAAAGCGUUAGCACGAGGUGGUCGAACAAUUGUAUGUACAAUACAUCAACCUAGUGCAAGUAUUUUUGAAUUAUUUGAUCAAGUUUACGUUGUUAAUCAAGGACAUUGUGUAUAUCAAGGUGCUAGUAAAAAUACAGUACCAUAUUUACAAACUUAUGGUUUUAGUUGUCCAAAAUAUCAUAAUCCAGCAGAUUUUUUAUUGGAAUUAACAAAUGGAGAAUAUGGUGACUUUUUAGAAAUUAUGACAAAAGGCGCAAACACCAAAGAAUGGUUAAUAAAACAUCCAAAAGAUUGUAAAAUAGAAGAAAAUAAAUAUUAUGACAUAAAUAAAAAUAAAUCAUGUGUUUUAAUAACACCACCAUCUGAAUUUACCAAAUUUUGGAUUUUAAUAAAUCGAACAUUUGUACAUUUGUAUAGAGAUUGGACUGUUACACAUUUAAAGUUAUUUUUACAUAUUUGUGUUGCAAUAUUACUGGGCUUGAACUAUUAUCAAUUUGGUAACGAUGGCUCAAAAACUUUUAAUAAUGUUGGAUUUCUUAUUAUAUCGAUUGUUUAUUUAACAUACACAUCUAUGAUGCCAGCAGUUUUGAAAUUUCCACUAGAAUUACCUGUCUUGAAAAAAGAACGUUUUAAUAAUUGGUACAGUUUAAAAACAUAUUAUUUAGCAUAUAUGGUAGCAGAUAUCCCAGUACAGCUAAUGUUUUGUUCAGCUUAUGUCGGUAUUUCAUAUUACAUGAGUGCUCAACCACCAGAUUUAGUUCGCUUUACAAUGUACUUAGGAAUAUGCAUGUUAACAACAAUUACAUCAGAAAGUUUUGGCUUAUUACUUGGUACCACAGUUAAUCCAGUGAAUGGUACCUUCUUUGGUGCAAUUUCAACAGCGGCCAUGUUAUUAUUUGCUGGUUUCUUUGUUUUAUUCAAUCAUAUGCCACGUGUAUUAUAUUGGUUGUCAUAUUUAACAUAUAUGCGAUAUGGUUUUGAAGGUUUGGUAUUAUCCGUAUAUGGUUAUGGUCGUGGUGAAUUACAUUGUCCAGAAGAUGCAUUAUAUUGCCAAUAUAAAUAUCCCAAAAUAAUGUUAGAAGAUUUAACAAUGUCCGAAGAACGCUAUUGGUUUAAUUUUAUUGUGUUAUUUGCAAAUUUAGUUAUGCUAAGAAUAAUAACAUUUUUCAGCUUACGAAGAAAGCUUACACUUUGAAACAAAAAAAAGUUGAUAGUUAACUUUUUUUUUCUUUAUUUAAUAUGUGAUAGUAAAUUUAUUGAUAAAAUUUUUAAUUUUAUAAUAGUUAUGUUGUUAUGAAUUGUGGAUGAAUCAAUCAUUUUUGUAUAUAAUAUACAUUCCAAACGGAGCUGGAAGAUUAUGUAGUACGGGUUGACUGAUACUAACGAAUAGGUAUCAAUUUUUUUUUUACUUAAUUCACAAUG